AUGGGUAGGAUAAGGAAGCUAUCUGAUGAAGUAAUAUCUCGGAUUGCAGCUGGAGAGGUAGUUGUGAGCCCAUCUCAUGCACUGAAAGAGCUUUUGGAAAAUAGUUUGGAUGCUGGUUCAAAGAAUAUUCUAUUACAAUUAAAAAAAGGUGGAAUUCAGAGUUUGCAGAUAUCAGAUGAUGGUUCUGGGAUAGAUAAGAGUGACUUUCCAAUGUUGUGUGAAAGAUUUGCAACUAGUAAAUUAACAACCUUGAAAGAUAUUGAGUCUUUGAAGACCUUUGGAUUCAGAGGUGAGGCUUUGUCAAGCAUCAGUUUUGUAUCUCAAUUGAACAUAACAUCCAAGACAGAGGGAUCAAGUUAUGCAUAUAAAGCAUCAUUUUCUGAUGGGAAGAUGGUUUCGGAGUUGGAAGAGGUUGCUUCGGCAAAAAGAGGGACAGUUGUUCAGUUUACCGAUUUGUUUUAUAAUAUGCCAUCAAGGCAGAGAACAAUGGGCUCAGCUUCAGACGAAUAUGCUAAAUGUUUGGAUUUAGUUCAGAAAUACUGUAUAGAGUUUCCUGAAGUUUCUUUUACCGUGAGAAAAUUCGGUCAUAAUACUAAUGAUUUAAGAACAAAUGGUGGGUUAAAUACAAGAAAGAAUGUAAUAAGUUUAUUGUAUGGUUCACAUGUGGUUAAAGAACUAAUACAAUUUACUGUUUCAAGAGAUUCGGAAAGACAAAAGGAACUUCAUGUGGGAGAAAUGAGUGAUUUAAGCUUAAAAAUUCCAGACUUUUCAGCAGAACUAUAUAUUUCAGGUUUAGGGCAUAAUCCAAAACAAAAUACAUUGAUUAUAUUUAUAAAUGGAAGAUUGGUAAAGAAUAAUGCAAUCAAGCAAGCAAUAGAGACAGCUUACCAGUACACAAAGACAAAUUACUGGGCAUUUGUAUCAGUUAAAGUACCUUCGGAGACAGUAGAUCCCAAUAUUCAUCCAACAAAAAAUUUGGUUUAUAUUAGUCACGAAACUUUGAUUUCUGAUUCAAUACAGAGGAAAGUUAUGAAUUCUCUUCAGGCUUCUAAUUAUUCAAGAAACAUGGUUUUAGAAAAGAAACCACGGUUCGAACUUAAGGAUUACUUCAAUUCUAAUGAAUCAAAAUCCAGCUACUCGGACUCUACGAAAAACGUGACAAGGGUCAGAACUGAUUCAAAACAGCUAGUUUUGCAAGAAUACUCCUCUAAUAGUAUUUCUAAACACUCAAACAUUUCUCUAAUUAGUAAAGAAAACGGGCAAGAUAACAUUAAUGAUUUUGGUAAAGAGGUUCAGAAUCCUUUAAAAAGACCUGAAGAAGAUGAAGAGAAUUUAGAAGAGAAGAAGAUGAAAUUAAAUGAAAAACAUGACCAAGAAUUUCAAGACGAAAAUAAUGAAAACCAGAAGAAUGAUUACAGAAACAGAUUAAAUCAUUCAAUCUCUGAAAAUUCUCUUAAAAACAAGCAGAUAUUUAGACUCUUUGACAUUUCAAACUAUGUUUUAGAUGCUCAUAUAUUAAGUUGGUCUUUGAAUACUGACUCAAUCCCAUUAAUCAAUGAGAUGAGGAACUAUCAGAUAAAAAUGAAACAGAAGUUUUUAACUGAUAUUGAAAUAAGGAAUGCUGCUGAAUUUUCUAAAAUGGAAUAUUAUAAAAACUUGACAAGGAAUAUUGUAAAUGGAAUAUAUAUUGGCCAAGCAAAAUCUUCUUGGUCCAUUUUGCAAGCAAAAAAUCAAAUUCUACUGAUUAAUAUCGAAGAAAUCUCUAAAAUUGCAUUAAAACAAUCAUUUGUCUGUAGACUUGGUUACAUCCCAUUGUUGAAACUGAACCCUCCAGUUAAACUGAGUAGCCUCUCACUCUUUACCACUGAAAAUAUUGGAGAGUAUGAAUUAAAUGAAAGGGACCAAACUGAGCUUGAAGAUUUUAUUCAAAAUAAAGCUUUUAUGUAUUUCGAACUUCUAAAAGUAUUUGGGAUAGAUUUUAACUCUUCUGACAAGUCUUUUUCGACUUUUCCAUUGUGCUUUGGGAAUUUGAUCCCAAAUCUCGAUUAUUUACCGCAAUUAUUUGAACACGUCAUUUUUGCAUGUUGGAAUUUCCACAUUGUGCAUGCGUGUAAGCAAAAAUUAUUUAAUACCGGUGACAAGCAAAUCUUAUGUCCGCAUUUUAAUUAUUAUUUUAAAGAAAAAAAUAAUGUAUUGGAUGAAGGAUAUAAUGAUUAUAUAUUAAAAUCUUAUGAGUUAUUUAUAGAGUUGAUUGAAAUUUUAGUGGAUUAUUACUUAUAUGGUAUUGAUGAUAAUAAACUUCUUUUUCAAGCUAUAAGAAACAAUUCCAACCUAAUCUUGGUAGAGGACGAUAUUUCUCGAAAUGUAAUUGAGUUAUCUAGUUUGGAGAAAUUAUACCGAGUUUUUGAAAGAUGUUAA